GAUGUAAAAAAUUGUAAAAAUCCAUGUAAAAUUGCAAAAUUCUGAACAUUUUUAAACCAUCUCCUGCGAGAUAGACACAAAAUCAAGUCGUUUGCAACUCCCGUAGUCGUUCGCGGUGGAAAAAUAGGCUGCCUACAAUCGCCCCUAGAGAGUUCCGAAAUCUGCCAGUUGAUAAAAGUUGCUUUUUUGUUCUCGAAACAGCUAUCUUGUAAAACCUCCCAAGCAAAAGGCGAGUCUUUCUAGCCAACGGGCUCCCUCCGGUGUGACAGAUGACGAGAAACGCGGAAUCCUAGUGGAACGAAUUAAACCUAGGGCACGGCUGCGAGCAAAUCGUCUCGUUGCCGUCGGGAACGCACAAGAAAUCAAAACAACCGCACACACCCCCAAAACAGCACCAUGAGUCGCUGGGAUCGUCGUGAUGAAGAUGGUGGGCACUAUCAGCAGCACAGACAGCGACACGAGCACAGCAGUCGGCGGGCUCCGCUAAAUCGAUUACGGUCACGAUCCCGCUCCUGUUCACCGGCUGAUGACAGACGAGGAAGAGGCGGCGGAGAAGGAGCAAGGAGCAGUGGCUCACCCUCGGCACAGGAAUACAAGUACGCUUCGCAUCACGCAAACUCACGGUUCGAUGUACGCCAGCACCAGCAGCACGAGGAAGAGCAGCGACGAAGGCAGGAAGCGCUGGAGAGUCGCGGACGCGGCAGUUCGAACGGUACCGGAACCGGUCCCGGCGCGUUGGUUAAUCGUUCCGAGGACCACACACACACUCUCUCGUUUCAAGGCACGUCGGGUGGAAAACGAACAGCGCCAUCGGGCCCCAAGAUGGGUGGCGCUCGCGUCGGUGGUCCACCAAAGCCACCCGUCGGGGGCAUUCAGAUGAAACUGGCCGCACCGGCCAGCAAAGAGCCACCGAAGCUGAUGAGGCCCAUCGCGAACGCCUUUCGGCAGGCGGAUGACAGUGAUGAAAGCGAACCGGAAGAGAUGCCGGCCGAGUGUCGGAUGCGGAUGCGUAACAUUGGCCGCGAAACGCCCACCUCGUCCGGGCCUAACUCGUUCGGCAAAACCAAGCAUGGGUUCUGUGAUUCGAAGAAAAUGUUCGAAAAGAAGCUCGGCAGCAGUCUCAGUGGUGGUUCCCGUUAGCCACGAUGUGCAGGGUAAUGCUUAUUGUUUUUGAGUUUCCUAUUCCGCCUAUUUAUAUGCCGCAUCCCCGGUCACGCGACCAUCUAGCAACGGCAGGAGAUGAGACGUUUCCCUUGUUAGUGAAUGUGUUCAGUGUGCGACAGCGCUGACUGCAGCGCCUCGGCUGUGGACCAGAGACAGAGACCUUCAGCGCACUUUGACCAAUGCGAGGAGUACGCCAGUUUUUCUUCUGCAUUAUUCGCGUUAAUCUAGAACUGAAUCUUUUAUUACCCUGUAAUUUAGCAAUUGAAAAUAAAGUUCGCUCCUGACUCUC